AAUAACUAAAAAUUGCUGCAGGGAAACCCUACAUCAGUUUUUCAUGAAGUCACAGCAGAUAAAUGAAAUCCUCCUUAAAGCAAUGGCGAUGUCUUUGGACUUAGGGGAGAACUGCUUUUUGGAGCAGUAUGGAGAACAGCCAUUAGUGACUGCAAGAUUUAACUAUUAUCCUCCGUCUCCAAGGCCUAAUCAAAUUCUUGGAGUAAAACCACAUGCAGAUGAAUCAGCAAUCACAAUUCUCUUGCAAGACAAAGAAGUUGAAGGUCUUCAGUUCCUAAAAGACAAUGAAUGGUUUAGAGUUCCUAUCAUUCCACAAGCCCUUCUUGUGAAUGUUGGGGAUCAAGUUGAGAUAAUGAGCAACGGAAUACUCAAGAGCCCAGUACACAGGGUGGUGACAAACUCAGAAAGAGAGAGGAUUACUAUGGGUAUGUUCUUCAUUCCAGGAUCAGAUAAAGAAAUCAAACCAGCUGAUGCUUUGAUUGAUGAAACUAGGCCAAGAUUAUACAAGAAAGUCAAAGAUUAUGUUAGCCUCUACUUCCAAUACUACCAGCUUGGGAGGAGACCAAUAGAAGCAGCAAUGAUGUAGGUGGUUCGAAGCCUUGAAAAUUAAGCCUAGAUUACAGCGAGUUCAUAUGAAAUAAACAGAAAUGAGUUCUCAAAGAAUUUGUUUGAAAGGAGAGGAGUGGGAAACUUCAGUA